UUUUCCCGCAAUUUUAGUUUGGAUUUGCGUACCACGCGAUGAUGACGGCGGCUUCAAUCGAAACGGAAUUAAAUCGCGACUUACUAAAAUCAUUUUAAUCAAUUUUUAAACAAAUUAUAUUUAUUAGUAAAGCUUAUCAAUUUGUGAACAAUUAAAAAUAUCCAAAAUAAAUAAUUUACAUAUCCAAAUAUAUAAAGUUUAAACACAAGUGAAUUUUUGUCGUUAUAUACUUACAAUGGCAAACUUUUUAACCAAAUGCAGUAUUUAUUUCGUUUUUAUGGCUGUUAUCUGUACCCAUUUAGUACACUCGGAUUUAUCAACUAUAGAACGCAUCAAGAAACAUGAAGAAUGGCUUAAGCAACAUAGCAAACCAAAAACAGACAAAUCAAAAACAAAUAUUAAACCCAAGACAACCUUGGAGUUUGCCAAUUUAUGGCGUCCACAAAAAAAUAUCGCAUCAAAACAAAAAUCCAGAAACAACGAAGUAUUCAGCGAAUAUGAGAAACCAACCGCAACUUCCGAGGCAACAAACUCAGCCCUAUCCGGACUUAAAUCAACGACAAUGUCACUGAAUGCAAAAACCACUAAUAUACCAAUUUCCACGGAAGAGCCAUUAAAGUCGACAAAUUUAUCGCUUGCAAACGAUAUAAUUUUGUCUAGCAUAAAUAACACUUCCCAUUCAGUGACUACUGAAUCCUCUACAACAUUGGCCAUGCCAACUGUGACUCAAGAGCCACUAACUACCAGCACUUUAGUGGCAACGACUACGAAGAAAACUAAGAUAAAAGUUCGCCCCUAUCCGCGUUGGGCCAAUUGGAAUGAAUGGAGCGAAUGUUCUCGCAGUUGCGGCGGAGGAAUAAGGCAUCAGAUAAGAAAGUGUAUCAACAGAAACUUCUCGACGGGUAAACGAUUUACGAGUAAUGCUUGUGUGGGACUUUACAAGCGAUAUGAACUAUGUAAUGAUAUACCAUGUCCACCUGAAUCCCAAGAUUUUCGAGCCAAACAAUGUUCAGCUUAUAACGAUAUUGACUUUCAGGGUCAGCGUUACAAAUGGGAACCCUACAUAAAAGAUGAUACUGAAUGUGAAUUGAAUUGCAUGCCUUCGGGUAUGAAAUACUUUGCAACACUUAAUGACACUGUUAUCGAUGGCACAUCUUGUUAUCGACCAGCGGAAUAUUAUCGAUCCAAUUAUUUAAGUCGCGCCAUGUGUGUUGAUGGCAUUUGUAAGGCCGUUCAAGCCAGCGGGGCCAUCAAUGGAUUGUAUGCAAAUAGUGGAUCAGUUAGCUGUGGCGGCCUUUUGUGCCGUCCAGUGACGGGCAUAUUCACCCGAGAUCCUUUGCCAGAGGAUGCAUAUGUCCAUGUGGCUACCAUACCUGCAGGGGCUUCUAAUAUUUCGAUAACCGAACUAAAGAACAGCAUCAAUUUGUUGGUUCUGCGCACAUCGGAUCAGAAGUGCAUUUUUAAUGGAGAGAAUGAGAUAUCAGAGAGUGCAUCUUAUGAAGCGGUUGGUUCCACUUUUGACUAUCAUCGAAUCGAUGGGGUGCAGCAUGGAGAUGGGGUAACCGAGUGGAUAACAAGUACAGGACCAAUACGAGAACCAUUGGAACUUUUGAUUUAUAGCAAAACUCUUAAUCCUGGCGUAAAGUAUGAGUACUUGCUUCCUAUUGUCUCUGACUCGGAGGAAAAUGAGUUAUCCUUAGAGAGUAGCGAUGGCUUUCUAAGAUCUGGCAAUGAGGAUGCCGGCUCAUCAAGCAGUAUAAGAACAGGACGUCGACGCAAAUAUCAUUGGAAAGUAAUUGGUUUCAGUUCAUGUACCAAAUCCUGUGGCGGAGGCACCCAAGUUCCCAUGGUCCGCUGUGCCCGUGAGAAUCCUGUGCGUUAUUAUUCACAACGCCGUUGUCUACAUGCGGAGAAACCUGUGCUUAAUGAGAAUCUCUUACAUUGUAAUACACAACCUUGCCCAGCAUAUUGGCGAGUGGAUGAUUGGGGUGAGUGUCGUUGCCAACAUGGUGAGGCAUUCCGCCGACGUGAGUUGAGUUGUGUACAGGAACUUGCCUCAGGCAUUGUGAUACAUGUCGAUAAGGCGGCUUGCCUGGAGGAACAGCCUCCCACGCAGAAGCAAUGCGAAUGCCCCAAGGCGCGACGAAGGAAUCCAGGUCGUUAUCGUUUCCAGUUGGACGCAAAUGGCACGCGUAGUCAACGCUAUAAGGCAGACAAAGGUGCCACAAGUGCUACCUGGCUAAUGUCCGAAUGGAAUCAACAGUGUUCCGCCAGUUGUGGGGCAGGUAUAGAGUAUCGUACAAUAUUUUGUGACCGUUCCAAGCUUAGCACAGAGCGUUGCGAUCCACGAGAUACGCCGGAUAAUCGCAGACCUUGCGAACAAUCGGCUUGCAAAGUUGGCGAUUGGUUUGCCGGACCAUGGUCCUCUUGCAAUGGCGACUGUUUCAAUCUAACUCGAAGUCGUGUUAUACUUUGCAUACAAAAUCAAUUAAUCACAGAUGAAGAGGACUGUAAGCCCGAGUUGAAACCUCAACUAAUGGAAAAGUGUUCACAUGAUGAGAUUCCGUAUUGUGCUCCUCGUUGGCAUUACUCCGAGUGGUCAGAGUGCUCGAAACCUUGCAAUGGCACACAGCGACGAAGUGUUAAGUGCUUGGAAUACGAUAAUAAGCAAAACAUCUUACGAGAUUCCAACAAAUGUAGAUACGCUCUUAGGGAACCAAUUUUCCGCAGUUGUAAUACUGAAAAAUGCGAAGAGUUUAAUGAGGAAUUGCCCCAAAAUGAUGCAUCUCCUGUCUGUGUGGAUCAGUUCUCCAAUUGCCAAUGGGCCGUCAAUGCGAAACUUUGCGGUCAUGACUAUUAUCGUAACAAUUGUUGUGCCUCUUGCAAGGCGGGCCGAUAACUGAAAAUCCUUUGCUUUCAGUGGCCUCCAGUGUGUAGAUUGCAUUUAAAUUGUAACUUAAAUUUUUUGCAAAUUACUAA